AUGCUCAGUCAGGAUCAGUACCACGCCUCAAUCCUCAACAAGGGUCAGCUGCCCUCGGACAAGUUUGAGUCGGUGGUGAAGGCGACGGUGCCGAAGAAGCUGCCGCCCAUGGAGCCCGACAAUGUGACCGACCCGGAGAAAACGGCAAAGAUGGUCAUGGAGAAUGAUCCGUCCCUGACUGAGCUCAACUGGAACAACAUCAAAUACAUCCCACGGGAGACCUUUAAAAAGCUUUUCACCGGCCUUAAGUCGAACACCAACCUAAAGAGUCUCCACCUCUCCAACACCGGUCUCACCGAUGGACCGGCUGAGAAACUGGUUGAAGCCCUUCGCGAGAAUGAACACCUGAGGAAGGUGAACAUCGAGUCGAACUACCUUUCCGGACCGAUGCUGCGCGACCUGGUGGAGGCCAUAACCGAGAAACAGUUUGUGGUGGAGUUUCGCGCCGCCAACCAGAGGCCAUCCAUUCUGGGCAAUCGAGUGGAGAUGGAAAUUGCACAGCUGGUCAAGCAGAACAAGAAAGCCCUUAGCAAGCGGUAUAAUGAUAGGAACCAGGAAUAUGAAGAUCGUAAAAAUAAACUGUUCAAUAAUGCCAAUAACACUAGUACCCCACUGCCUGGAACUUCAGUCAAAGUGGACACCAGCCAAAUGAAUGGCUUUGAGCCUGAAGAGGAGAAGGAGGACGAAUAUGCGACCAUCACACCGAUGCAGCUAGUGGAGUCCAUCCAGAAGCGCUCCAGUCAGCUCAGUAAGGUGCUCAUCAUUGACAUUCGCUCGGCGGAGGAGAAUGCCGAGUCAGCAAUUGCCGCCAACAAGCUGCAAGUCAAUGGAGAAGUGAACGUCAUCAACAUCCCCAGCGAUCUGAUAGGCCCCGGACUCACCUUCUCGAACCUCUCCAGGAAGGUCAGCCUAGGUCUGGUGAAGGACGCCUUGGAGAGGAGACGCUCGAUGGACACUAUCGUGAUCAUGGACAGGGCAACGUGUGAUUUUGAGAGCGAUUCAAAGUGCGUUCUCCUGGCACAAGCACUCUUUAAGUGGGACCAAUCGCCAGAGUGUGUAAAGAAAAAGCCAGUGCUUUUGAAGGGUGGAUUUCAAAAUUUUGCUAUCACUUACCCAAUUUUACUCACCAACUCGGAGAUUAUCAACCAGUUUGCAAACAGUUCACCUUCACCCCGACUGAAACCAAUUCAAAGUGGAAUGUACAAUUUUUUCGAGGAAAGCAAUGCAGAGGAGGAAAAGAAAAAGCUUCUUAGCAGCGAUGGAAGCUCCAAUGAAAAGCCCAUUCCAACUACACUGAACGGCUUCAUUAAUGGCAAUCAAACAAACGGUAGCUUCACUUCAAACUCCAGCAAUAACACUACCAUUUCUACCAAAUCAUUUGGCCUAACAGUAAAAGUGCCAGGCAUCGCAAAACCCAUCAUUCCAGAUAGAGCAGCAAAGCCUAACCUCACCCCGCAUAAUAAUCUUAAUGAUGACAGCAAUGAAGUGGCAAUGAAGGAUGGAGAGAAUGACAAGGAUCUGACUCCGUUGUCUAAGCCACUUACCAGUAGCGACUUUCGACAAAAUCCUCCUGCAACCGAUGUGAUCAACACUGCCAACAGGUCGCUCAAUGACCCGCCAAUUUCACGCUCGUCCUUGCCGCCUAAACCAGGCCACCUUAUUUCUUCGCUCAGCACCGGCACCACCACAAAUGGUCACAGUUCAGAAAACGGCUCCUCGAUUCGUGGAAACAUGGAGAUCGACGACGACGAUGAUGACUUUGUGGCGGGCAGGUUUGACGAUGAUCUCACCAACAGCCGCAAAAAGCCUGUGGCUUCCAUCAACAACGUCCUGCAGACGCCAGUUCACCGGCGUGGUGAGGUGAAUGCCAACCUGACCGAUGAGAACAUGUCCGAGGAGGAUGAAGAGAUGGAGGUGAUUGGCGGAGGGCCAAGGACGGGACCGUCGCUGAACAUUAGACCGAGCUCCAAGCCCAUCUCCAUGACCAGAUCGAUCAACAGAGCGCCGAACAAUAACUUUUCCGCCCCCGGAAGCCUGUCACGGUCACUCUCUUCCCCCAACAUUGCCCAGUUUGAUGAAUCUCAGCAGUUUUCAUUUGGCAGCGCCGGCAUCGGCACCCCCAAGAUUCACCCUAUUGUGGAUCGGUCGAUGAAGCCGGGCCCCAUUCAGGCACUACUGAGAAAGACGCGUGAUUUCAGUCCUCAGUACAGCUCCUACGGGCGCAUUCCUGGCUUGAAAAACCUGGGCAACACCUGCUUCAUGAACUCGGUGCUGCAGUGCCUAAACAACACCUUUGCCUUGGCGGAGUAUUUACGGCGAGAGCGGGUUCACAUUAACCCCGUCUCCAAGUUUGGGUCUAACGGUGAGCUGGCCGUCGAGUUGAUGGAGCUCUUCAAGCAGAUGGUCUACCCAUCGAACUUUAAGCACAUCUCGCCGAAGGACCUGAACAGCGCCGUUAAGCGUCACAUUCCCGACUUUGGCGACAACAGACAGCAGGAUGCGCACGAGUUUCUGGUGUGCUUUCUCCACCGUCUGCACGCGGACAUGAACACGCGAGCCGAUGUGGUGGUGGAGGAUCCGGUGCAGAAGGACCCGAACUACUAUGACAGUCUGACGAACAAUAUGGCAGCGCAUCGCUUCUGGACGAUGCACGUCAAGCGGAACAGCUCCAUCAUCAGUGAGCUCUUUGAUGGCCUCAGCGUGAACACCACCUCCUGUUUACACUGUAACUACACCUCCCGCACGCUGGAGGCCUUCACCUGUCUGACGUUGCCCAUCCAGGAGGGGGUCAGCCGUACGUCGAUCAACACUAGUCUGAAGAUGCACCUGCGCCAGGAGCGGGUCAGCGAUGAGCCCUCCUGGAAGUGUAUGAUGUGCAAUCAAAAGAGGGACGCCGAAAGGUGCACCUACAUCUGGAGACUGCCUAAGAUUCUGGUGAUUCAACUCAAACGAUUUUCCUACGAAGGCAUGUGGCGACAGAAAGUAUCGACUUUUGUCGAUUUUCCAAUUGACAACCUUCUCAUCGAAUCACACGGACCGGGCAAUGAGCUGCACAGCUCGUACAGCCUCUACGGUGUGGUGAACCACAGUGGACAAUUGGAGGGUGGCCACUAUAUUGCCUACUCGAGGAACAUCGAGAUGAACAUUACCUGGCACAAGUACGAUGAUCAAGAGGUGACGCCCGUCGCUGACAGCGAAGUUAUCACCCAGAACGCCUAUGUCCUCUUUUACAAGCAAACAUCAAAGAGCUAA